AUGUCAACCCCUAACAAUAAUAGAGAUAGUAAUAACUACACUGACAACAACAACAACGAUAAUAAUAAUACCAAUGACACUACCGACAAUAACGGCAAUCCUCAAAGACGAGAAGUAAGACUUUUUGAUCGGAUUUUAGAUACAUUACUUCUGGCCCAACGAAGGCUAAAUAGACCACAACGACAACAGACAGAACAACAGUCACAGCAACCUUCUGGAGAUUCAGCGAAUGUCAAUAUGGAACAGCAACAACAACAAAACCAAGAACAACCACCUGCAUCUCAACCAACAACUUCUCAGCCGUCAACUGCUCCCGCCGAUGCCAUGGAUUCAGAAGAAAGUCAAACAAUAAAUACUGAAGAUGACCCUAAUCAGGCAAUCAUAAUAACAGUGAAUUAUGUAUUUUCAGAUCAAAACCAACCAAAUAACCCCAACCGGGCCGGAUCAUUAGUUAUGUCGUUACCCAACAAUGCAUCAAAUAGAGAUCCACGAGUAAUUCAAGAAUUCAUAAGAUUGGCAACUCAAAUGGCAUAUAGUUCAAUAUUAACUGGAUUAAGUACACAAUCCGGAAUCACGGUAAAAACAUUCACAUCAUUCCCAGGGGUUAAAUUAGAAGAUUUGGGUGAGAGUAAAACAUGUUCAAUUUGUUUUGAAUUAUUUGAUGCAUUGAAAGAGGAGGAACAAGUAGAUGAUCAAGAUAUGUCAGAUCAUACAGUUUCUCAUAAAAAGAGACGUUUGGCAGAUCUGACUGGUUUAAGUACGGCAACUUCUUCAAACAUUCGUCCGGAUGAUUCUUCUACACAAACUGAACAACAAGGACCGAUUUUUCUUUCUGAAUAUUCGGAAGAUUUUGGUCAUAUCCCGGUCAAAAUGCCAUGUGGACAUAUAUUUGGGAAAGAUUGUUUAUGUGAAUGGUUAAAAGGACAUGCUACCUGUCCGUUAUGUAGGUUUUCCGUCCAAGAACAAGAUGAACAAGAAGCAGCUGCAGCUUCGGCAGCAUCAGCAUCGGCCGCUAGAAGGAGAAGACAACAGAAUCAACAUCCACUGACUUUGACAAUAUUUACUAUUCCAACUGAGUCGCCUGUGAAUGUAGCCAGUCCAUUUACUAAUAUAACUAUUCAAAAUAACAUUCAUGACGAACCUGUGAAUGAACCGGUACCUACUGCUGCGGCUACCCCAACUACUGCCACACAACCAACUACUGGUAUCCCACAACCACCUCACCCUGUGAUUACUCCUAUGGCACCCCAUCCAGUUAGAACAGUUUCAACCCAAUCACCGCCACCGGGAACACCAACAUCUCCAACCGAUCUUCAUCACUUUGGAAUUGAUCACCCUUCACCAUCUUCAUCAGGCACAACAACAACUCCAAUUAGAAGAUUUGUUAGACCGUCAGGGGGGACUGUUUGGCAAGAAGAUAAUUCCCCUAAUGAGCCAUUAUCACAUGUGAUUGGAUUCUUGAGAAGACAAAGAAGAGCACAACGAGAUCCAGGAAUAAUCCAACCUUCUUCACAGGCGUCAUUAUUUCCUAGUGGGGUGUCCAGUAGAAGAACUGAAAGUGGUGGUGAUGUAACUACAACGCUUCAUCAGAAUAGUGAUGAUGGUAAUAAUAAUGAUAAUGAUUAUUCACUGCUUUUACAUGGGGUGGAAUUGAGGAAUUUAUUUAAUGACUCUCCAAUGUCGUCAAGAGAUGAGCCUAUGGAAGAUGCAAGUGGUAGUAGCAGCGAGAAUCGCGGUAUAAAUGAAGAGGCAGCGGGAAGCAGCAAUAAUAAUAAUAAUGACGACUCGAUUUCUGAUUAG